AUGCUUCUUGUUAGAAGAUUGAAACCAUCAACUACUGCUACAACACUAUCAUUUAUUAAUUCAUCUUUUAUAAAUAAUAAUAAUCAUUAUUUAAUUAAACCCUCAAUUACAACAAGAACAUUUCAUUCAAACAAUAAUAAUAAUAUUACUACUAAUAGUAGAUCAACAACUAGAACUAUAUCUUCAUUAUCAACAUCAUUAUUUAAUACAAUCAGAAAAAGAACAAUGUCAACUACUACAACUACUAAUUCAGAUGACCAAGUGUCAUCUACAACUACCACCACCACAACAGCUGAUCAUCAUGAAUAUACAAAUAGAUUAAUUAAUGAGAAAUCACCUUAUCUAUUACAACAUGCACAUAAUCCAGUAGAUUGGUAUCCAUGGGGUACAGAAGCAUUUGAAGAAGCAAAGAAACAAGAUAAAUUAAUCUUUCUAAGUGUUGGUUAUAGUACUUGUCAUUGGUGUCAUGUAAUGGAAAGAGAAUCAUUUGAGAAUCCAGAUAUUGCAAGAAUUAUGAAUGAACUAUUUGUAAAUAUAAAGGUGGAUAGAGAGGAACGACCGGAUAUUGAUAAACUAUACAUGACCUAUAUUACCGAGGUAUUUGGACAUGGUGGUUGGCCAAUGAGUGUUUGGUUAACUCCUGAUCUUGCUCCUUUGACUGGUGGAACUUAUUUCUCAUCAAAAGCAUCACAUGGAAGACCAGGAUUUGGAGUCAGAUGUCAACAAAUUGCAAAUAUUUGGAAAAAGGAUAAGGAGAUGGCUAUAUCUAGAGGUGCAUCAUUUAUCGAUUAUCUCAAAGAAUCAAAACCAAAAGGUGAUAAUAAUGUAGCAUUGUCAAAUGCGACUAUCACCAAAUGUACAGGAAUGAUUACCAAACAAUUCGAUAGUGUCUAUGGAGGAUUUAGUGAUGCCCCUAAAUUCCCUCGUUGUUCAGUCUACAAUGAAUUAAAUGUUUGUGGUAGUAGCGAGGAUUUGGAACAACUCGAUUUCACUUUACUUAAAAUGGCCUGUGGUGGUAUUCACGAUCAUCUUGGAGGUGGAUUCCAUCGUUACUCGGUCACUGAGGAUUGGAGAGUUCCACAUUUUGAAAAGAUGCUCUACGACCAGGGUCAAAUUGCAAAUGUUUACAUUGAUGCAUACCUACGUACAAAGAAUCCAUUAUUCCGUCAAGUUGUCUAUGAUAUCUUACAUUAUGUUCAAAGAGACUUAACUGAUUCACAGGGAGGAUUUUAUAGUGCAGAAGAUGCAGAUAGUUUAAACAAAGAGACAAAUGAAAAACAAGAGGGAGCAUUUUAUGUUUGGACAUUGCAGGAAAUCGAAAAGUUGUUGGGGUCUGCUUUGGAUACAGAGGUGGUAGCAUAUAUGUUUGAUGUCAAACCAAGUGGAAAUGUCGAUCCUUCAUCGGAUCCACACGGAGAAUUGACUGGAAAGAAUAUUCUUCACAAGGUCCAUACAACUGAGGAAACAGCAAGUAAAUUCAAUCACACACCUGAAAAGAUUGAAGAGAUUGUAGAACGAUCGAAAAAGAUAUUGUACGAGUACAGAACCAACAAUAGAGUACGUCCACAUUUAGACGACAAGAUUAUUACUGCUUGGAAUGGUUUGAUGAUAUCUGCAUUUGCAAGAGCCUAUCAAGUGUUUGGUGAAAAGGAGUUUUUAGUGUCUGCUCAACGUGCCGUCGAGUUUAUUCAAAGUGGUAACUUGUAUCAAGAGUCAAACCAGAUUCUCAUUAGAAACUAUCGUCACGGACCAAGCAAUGUGGAGGGGUUCUCAGACGACUAUGCAUUCCUCAUUCAAGCACUGUUGGAUCUCUAUGAAGCAUCGUUUGAUGAGAGUCAUCUAAGAUGGGCACUCCAAUUACAAAAGAAACAGAUUGAAUUGUUUUGGGAUGAAAAGGAAGGAGGAUUCUUUACGACCAAUGGCCGUGACCCUACACUUCUCAGUCGCCAAAAAGAGGAGCAUGACGGUGCAGAACCAUCGGCUCAGUCAGUGUCUUCAUGCAAUCUUCUCAGACUCUCCAACAUGUUGCAUUUGGAUGAAUUUGAAGAACGUGCACAAAAAACAAUGGAGGGUAGCUCAAUCUACUUGGAAAAGGCUCCAUUGGUCAUGCCACAGAUGGUAUGUGCAUUGAAAUAUCUGAUCGAUCCAUUCUAUCAAAUCACAGUGGUCGGAUCACUCGACCCAUCUUCAAAACACUACUCGACCACUCAAGAGUUGGUCAAUGUCAUUCACCAAAAACCAAUCCCCAACAAGGUACUAUUGUUUGUAGACAUUGAUGCAGACAUGGAUAAGAGUAUUUUUAAACAAGUUGAUCCAGAUUCAUCUGUUGCCAAAUACACACUAUCAAAUGAUCAACCAACAGUCUAUGUUUGUAGUAAUGAAGAAGGAUGUUAUGCACCAAUCAAUACAAUCGAUUCAAUUAAUAAUCAAUUAGAUAAAUUAAAAUAA